GUAGUACCGAUAAACAGCCUCGUCGUUUAGCAUCGACAUUCCCGCGCUGGUCUCUUCCUAGCUUAUUUAUUCUCCUUGCAUGAAGUUAGAUUCUUCUUUGUCGGGAGGGCGUGAGUUUUCCACGAUAUUCGUGCGAAUAUUAACGUGACGAUGCCGAAAAGAAAGAAUCAAGCACUAAUAGAUUCUGAAAGUAGUGGCAGCGCAUCGGAAAGUGGCUCGGAUUUGGAUAAUGAUCUACUAUCACUUGCCAAGAAGAAGAAAGGUAAAUCUCAAGAUGACUCUCAAUCCAAUGAAGACAACAAUGUUGCUAAGAAAGAUGUCAGGCAUGAUUCUGAUACAUCGGAUUCCGAUGACGAUUGGGGAGCAAAAACAGGGAAGACUAAAAAGAAAAAAGCACCAACUAAAAGAAGUAAACGAAAGAUGACAAAAUCUAGUAGUGAAGAUAGUGGAAGUGAAAAGGAAUCUGCAAAAGUUUCUGAACCAGAGGAAGGUGAAGUCUCAGAUUCUGAUGCAAGCGUUUCCGAUUCUAGUCAAGAAGAAUUUAAUGACGGUUAUGAUGAUAAAUUAAUGGGAGAUGCUGAAGAUCAAGCCAGACUAGCUCAAAUGACUGAAAAAGAGAGAGAGCAAGAAAUUUUUAAACGAAUAGAGCAAAGAGAGAUCAUGAAAACUAGAUUUGAAAUAGAGAAAAAAUUGAGAAUGGCAAAGAAACAAGAACUUAAGAAGCAGAAGGAAUCAAAGAAGAAAGAAAAGGGUGUAGAAGAUAAAAAGAUAGAUAGAGCACCAGAUCCUAAGGAGAGAAGUAAAGAUCGUAAGAAGACAAUAGAGGAGAAACAAGAUAAAAAGUUUCAUGCAAUGUCUUUGCUGAAGGCAAGACGCGAAGAAAAGAAAGAAAGAGAAGAAAAAGAAAAGCAACGAAUAGAGCAGCAACAACAACAAUCAAAAGAUAUAGAAGAGGAGGAAUUGGAAGAUGAUCAUAAAGGAGGUGCCAAUAAAACAAAAUUGAAAGCUUCAGAUAUUUAUUCUGAUGACAGUGGCUCUUCCGAUAGUGGAGAAGAGGAAACUAGUAAACCAGCAUCUCAUCAAAGGUCAUCUUCCAGUGAAAGUAGAGAUUCUGAUUCUGAUAAUGACAAAAAAUCUGUGACCAGUAACAAAGCUAAACCGAAAAAACCUUUAUAUGUCAGUACUAAAGAAGAAUUGAACAAAAUUCGAUUGUCUCGUCAUAAAAUGGAAAGAUUUGUUCAUCUUCCAUUUUUCGAUCGAGUGGUACAAGGUUGCUUUGUUAGAAUUGGGAUUGGAAAUAAUAAUGGGAAGGCGGUUUAUAGAGUAGCAGAGAUCAGUGGAGUUUGUGAGACUGGUAAAAUCUACCAGUUGGGUGGUACAAGAACAAACAAAGGAUUGAAAUUAAGACAUGGUGCUCAGGAACGUGUAUUUAGAUUGGAAUUCGUAUCGAAUCAAGAAUUUACAGAAUCUGAAUUCUUUAAAUGGAAAGAGACAUGUGCAUUGCAAGGGAUAUCAAUGCCUACGUUUGAUGAGGUAGAACAAAAAUUGAAGGAUAUUAAAGAGGCCUUAGUAUACGAAUUCAAAGAAGAGGAUAUCGAGAAAAUAGUAAGAGAAAAGGAAAGAUUUAAACAGACUCCAUAUAAUUACGCGAUGAAAAAAGCACAAUUAAUGCGAGAAAGGGAUGCAGCCAAUUGUAGAGGAGAUGAUGAAACUGCAAGUCGUCUUAAUCAAGAAUUGAGUGAACUGGAAGAGCGUGCUUCUGAACUUGAUAAAAUGCGAACAGCAACGAUAUCUAGUAUCUCGUACAUCAAUGAUCGUAAUAGAAAAAAGAAUGUUGAAGAGGCAGAAAAAGCUAUUAUGGAAGAAAUAAAAGCUAAUAAGGGGAAGAAAGUAGACGAUCCGUUCACUAGGCGUAGCACAAAACCAAGAAUGGUUUAUAAACCCGACGAUGAAGAUACUCCUGCCGCGACUGCAACAAAUGAAAAAUCAGGUUCCCAACAAAUUGGUGAUUCUAUUUCAACUACCAAUGAAAAAGAAAAUGGUCAAGAAGUAAAGAAAAAACAAAGUACUGAAGAUUUGUUCAAUGCUCAUGAUUUUGAUAUUACAAUAGAUUUAGAGGUACCAAUUCCAAAUAAUCCUGUUAGCGUUUUACCUAAACCUGUCAGUAAUAUCAAGGACACGGGGCCUCGUCGUUCCUUAAAUUUAGAAGAUUAUAAGAAGAAACGUGGACUUAUCUAACAGUUUAUUUACCUUAGACUGAAUAAUGCUGAAGUUAAUUUAUCAACGUUAUGUUGUAAUAACCGAUAUAAAUAUCUUAGCUAUUUUUGUCAUUAUUGAACGAAGGACAAAAUUAUAGUAUUGCUAGCUGCUCAUUAUAAUGAUUAUUAUCUUUUUAAAUGAUCGUAGAGAGAGAUUAUCUUUAUUUGCUAUUAUUGAGAGAAAGAUUUCUUAGUAAAUGUGAAGAGAGGUUGUCGGUAUUAUCAUAAGAAUAAUUUUCUUAAAUAAUAAACUUAUAAGAAGUACUUAAAGAAAAUGGUAGAUAGCAUUACCACUUGGAUGUCGGAAAAAAUUCUUGGUUCCACUUUUUCUUUUUUAAGUGUCGCAUAAUGAAUCUAGAAAAGUUUUAGCUCAUGUACACACACAGACACGCAUAUUCGUUUCUAUAACUAGAUAAAUUAAAAUGAAAACGAUAGAAAAAGUGACAAGAUAUUUUAUAAUAAAGAUAUAUAGGAUCACGUGUCCUAAUAUUUUUCUUGUAAGUACUCAUACGUAUUAUCUACUACCGGUUGAUUAUAUAUUUCAUAUUCAUAUAUAAUUUCCCUCUCUUUUUCUUUCUCUUUCUCUCUCUCUCUCUCUUUCUCUCUCUUUCUCUCUCACUCUCUCUCGUUUUCUCAUGAAAUUUUUAUAUUAUUCAUAAUAGAAUUUGUAAUUAUUCCACUACGAGAUACUACAUAUGGAACUUUAGUAUAAAUAACUAUUAAAUUUAAUAGUGCUACCAUGCUAUUAAUUGUAUAAUCUUCCAAUGAAGAUUUUGUAUAAUUCUAGUUGUUAUCUUUUUUUUUUUGUGAAUGUGGUAUUGAUAUACCGAUGUUAUUAACGUUAAUAAUUAAUGAAAUGAUUAAAAAAUGACAUAUUUUUUAAAAGAUUUUGUAAAUAAGUUUUUAAUUCAAAUUUUUAUUCAAAGUAUUAUGCCAUCUUGACAAUUUUUUAUCAAUAGCAAUGGUAACAUUUUGGACUUUUUCUUUUUUAAGUAUAUGAAAUGCUUAAGAUAAUCGAGAUUGAUGAAAUACCGUAAUAACCGAAAAUUGUUGCUAUUAGGAAUUACUUAUAAAAAAAAAAUUGUAUUAUUGAAGAAAAUUAUUUUUAUCACAUUAUCUAUACAAGAAUAUAACGAUUAAUAUCUUUUUAAUAUGUAACUAUAUUCAAAGGAACAUGGUAUCUUUAAUAAAGAAAAAUUCUCAUAUCUUCAAUUAAA